AUGUUCGAUUUACUUCGCUUUAUCUGUGAACUUAUAUUUGGUUCUUCAUUAUCUCUUUCACAUGAAUGUUUCGACUAUCUUUCGUCUAGUCUUCAUUCUAUAGUCGUUCAACUCAUUCAACAAUCAUUUUCCAUUGCAUUAAGAUCAAAACGAAUUCGAUUACUAGGUGAUGAUUUACAAGUAAUACUUAAAUGUCGAGCUAUAUCUCCAUUGUACGGUUAUUGUUGUUCGGUGGCUACAGAUAAAUCACAAUUGUUCGAAACUACCCGUCAACUUGGACGCAUAUUAUUUAUUCGAUCUGAUAUUCCGAUUGAUUUGAAAGAAAAUCUUUUAACUAUUACAAAUAACUUAUAUCGAAAUAAGAAUUUUUCACAUACAAAACCUCGAAAAAAGUGUGUUGUUUCAUGUGGUGAUAUUCUUCUUCAUGUCGAAUGGUUAGCGUUAGCUGGUGAACAAAAGUCUCCUCCAAUGAAAUUCUCAUUACUAAAUAAUGGAUCAAUAUUAAAUAGGGAACAACAGUUAUAUUUAUCGUUUCUUCAAUCAAAAAACUUCAAUGAAGAAAUUUGGAAAUUUUUAAGCUCUGAUCAAACUGCAUUACAUACUGUUGUUUCAAAUCUGAUUGAUUGGUGUCGAAAUAAUAUUUGUGAUUGUCUUGUACAUAGUUGCAGACUAACGAAACGUUGCCAACUUGUUUUUUAUCUUACUAUUAUUGAUUGCUUACUGCAAAACCCAUUACUAACUAUCAAUCAUUAUUUGCAUCAUCUAUCACCGAUAGUUAUGACUUGUUUAUUGUAUGAAUUCGAGACUGAUGAACGGUUAGAUCACAAUGAUCAUGACAUGAAAUCUGCCCUUAAUACCGGUGAUACAUGGUCAGUUCGUUUGACAGCUGCUCGAGCAUGUGUUAAAAUAUUACAACGUUCAAAUUUUCUCGUCUUUGACGUCUUUUACACUCGUGUAAUCUCUCGAUUGAUUUGUUCACUUACUGAUCCAAGAGCCCCAGCUUCUGUGAUUUAUGCUAUUCUUUUUAUAUUUGAACAAUUGGGUGCUUAUACUUCUCGUGCAUUCCUUUUACCGUAUCUACUAGAAAUCGAUUCAUCAAAAAUCUUUUCUUCAAAAUCAAUAAUUGAAACACUGGAACGCAUUGCUGUAAUGAUCUUAGAGAAAUAG